GGAAAACACAUAAACAUGGCAGAGGAAGCUCCAGCAGCAGCGCCGGCUAAAGCCCCGGCCAAAGCCGCGAAGAAGAAGACGGCUCCCCGGGCCAAGAAAGAUGGACCCAGCCUCCCUAAGCUCAUCGUGGCCGCUGUGGCAGAGUCCAAGGAGCGGAAGGGGAUGUCUCUGGCGGCACUCAAGAAGGUGCUGGCCGGGAAAGGUGUGGAUGUGAGCAAGGCUAACAAACGCAUCAACACCGCCGUCACCAGCCUGGUAACUAAAGGCACCCUGAGCCAGACUAAAGGAACGGGAGCCUCCGGUUCCUUCAAGCUCGCCAAGAAGGAGCCCAAAGCCGCCAAACCAGCCAAGAAGGUGGUGAAGAAGAAGGCUCCCGCCAAAGCCAAGAAGCCCGCCGCCGCCAAGAAGACCACGGCGGCCAAGAAACCGGCCGCUAAGAAGGCAGCAGUCAAGAAGUCCCCCAAGAAGGCUCCGGCCAAGAAAGCGGUGAAAAAGGUAGCAGCCAAGAAGAGUCCUAAGAAGCCUGCUGCUAAGAAGCCAAAGGCCGCAAAGAAGCCCGCAGUCAAGAAAGCUGCCGCAAAGAAGCCUGCAGCCAAGAAGGCCAAGAAGUAAAUGAAUCCACGAAAUUACUCACAAAAAAAGGCUCUUUUCAGAGCCACCACACACAUCUAAGGGUUCAUUCCUUUAUACAAAAAUUAGCUCUUACUCGUAUUCAUGACA